AUGGCGUGGCUAAAAAAGCACAAUCCCCAAAUUUCAUGGGAAAAGCACACGCUUGUUUUUAAUUCAUCAUAUUGCUCCAAUAAUUGUUUAUCAAUACCUGCCGUUUUAGAACUUAAAGCGGUAGAAGAAAUCCCCAUCCCUUAUCAAGAAUUUUCCAGGGUUUUUUCCGAGGAAGAAUCAUCCAAAUUGCCUCCUCACCGUCCUUACAAUAUUGCUAUCAAAUUGCUCCCUGACGCAAAACCCCAACAUGGCCCCAUCUACAGCCUAGGCCCAAGGGAAGAUGCCAAACUUAGGGAAACCAUUGAAAAGCAACUAAAAGCAGGUCUGGUCUGCCCGUCUAAGUCCCCAAUGGCCUCUCCCAUAUUAUUUGUCAAGAAGAAAAACGGGAAAUUACGCAUCAUGACCAAGAAGAAUGCCUACCCCCUACCCUUGCCACAAAAUCUUAUCAAGAAACUACAAGGUGCUAAGAUUUUUAGUAAAUUCAACCUCAGAGCAGGAUAUAACUUAGUCCAAAUUAAAGAAGGCAACAAAUGGAAAACAGCCUUCAAAACAAAAUACGGAUUAUUUGAAUAUUUGGUCAUGCCUUUUGGAUUAACAAAUGCACCGGCGGCUUUUCAAGAUAUGAUGAAUGAGAUAUUCAGAGACCUAUUGGAUGUUUACGUCAUCAUAUACCUGGACAAUAUUUUAGUCUUUUCCUUGAACAAAGAAGACCACAAAAUUCAUGUGCAAGAAGUACUCAGGAGGCUACAGGACAACAACCUCUUUUGCAACAUCAAGAAAUGCCACUUCCAUGUCAAGAAAAUCGAUUAUUUAGGGUUUAUUAUAUCCAAAUUUGGCAUAGAAGUUGAUCAAUCUAAAGUCACAGAUGCAAUGAAUUGGUCAACACCUAAGAAUGUCAAAAACAUCCAGGAAUUCUUAGGAUUUGUGAAUUUUUAUAGACAAUUUAUCCCCAAUUUUGGCAACAUGGCACAACCCUUGUACAAUUUGCUCAAAAAAGAUAGUACUUGGAAAUGGGACUUAACAGAACAACAAUCCUUCAAUGGUCUAAAGAAAUGCCUUACCUCCGCACCUCUGCUUUUACAACCUGAUACCACAAGACAAUUUUACGUGGAAUGUGACGCAUCAAACUAUGCCACUGGAGCAAUACUAUCCCAGCAUAACCUUGAAGGGAAACUGGGCCCUGUAGCAUAUUUAUCAAAAUCCCUAUCACCAGCUGAAAAGAAUUACAAUAUUUUUGACAAGGAGCUAUUAGCAGUCAUUAGGGCAUUCAAGGAAUGGUGUCAUUUAUUAGAAGGGUUGGAACUACCAGUUCAGGUUCUGACAGAUCAUAAGAACUUGGAAUACUUUUCCACAUCACAAUCUUUGAACAAACGUCAAAUCCAAUGGGCAAACUUCCUAGUGGACUAUAAUUUCCAGAUCAUUUACAGGCCUGGAGCACAGAAUAAAAAAGCCAAUAUCCUCUCACAACGCUACAAUUUAGUGCCCCUUGAAGGAGGGGUAGAGAACCAAGUUCUCCUGAAACCGGAACUUUUCAUUGCAUCAAUCACUCUGGAUCAGGAAAUCAAUGAUCUAAUUGGCAAAGCCAUUUAUGAGGAUAACCGUCUGAAAGAAAUCCUACAUAAACUUCAGGGCAAGGAAAAGGUCACAGAUUGGGAACUAAAAGAAGGAUUACUAUGGCAUCAAGGGAAAAUCUUUGUACCUAAGGAUGAUACUAUUAGAAACCUUAUCUUGGAAUCUAGGCACAAUGCAUUAGCUGCGGGACAUCCGGGACAAGCCAGAACUUUGGAACUUGUCUCGAGGAAUUAUUAUUGGCCAUCCAUGAAAAAGUUUGUCAACUCCUAUGUACCAGUAGGACUGUUAAAGCCAUUACAGAUUCCCAAACGCCCUUGGGAAGACAUUGCCUAUGACAUGAUUGUAGGACUACCAAUCUCAGAAGGUUUUGACGCCAUCCUCACUGUCAUUGACCGAUUCUCAAAAAUGGUUCACUUCAUCCCCACUCAAUCCACGGCGUUGGCUAUUGAUAUUGCCAACCUCUUUAUCACGUAUAUAUGGAAAUUACACGGUCUCCCCAGAAGUACGGUUUCAGACAGAGGCCCUACGUUCAAUGCCAAGUUCAUUUGUCACCUAUAUAAAAGGCUGGACAUUAAACCCACAUACUCUACAGCCUACCAUCCGCAAACAGAUGGACAGACAGAACAAAUACAACGGGAAGCUGAAAUUUUCAUCCGUAUGUUUGGAAACCACCGCCAAUUGGACUGGGUAUCUCUACUUCCUUUAGCCAAGUUUGCGCUCAACAAUCUUAAGCAAUCUUCCAUGGGUAAAUCUCCGUUCCAGAUAUGUUAUGGACUAAACCCCCAAUUCUCUGUGGGUCAGAAAACAGACAAAUCUACCCCAAAUGCAGAUGAACAUGCAGAGUUUUUGGAAAAAGGCUAUGAUGAGGUUAAGGCAGCACUGUCAUUAUUGCAAGAACGGAUGAAAUACUUCUACAAUCAAAGGCAUAGGGAGGAAGAAGAAAUCCAAGUAGGGGACAAGGUCUGGUUGAGCCACCAAAAUAUAUCUACCAAUAGACCAUCCAUCAAACUCAGCCAUAAAAAACUAGGUCCCUACUUAGUAGUCAAAAAAAUUGGAUUGCACGCAUAUAAACUUCAACUACCCCAUACUAUGCGCAUACAUCCAGUUUUUCAUAUUAAUCUUCUAACAAAGUUCCACCCCAACCCUCACGGACGUGAUCCUCCUCAACCUGCGCCUAUCAUCACAGAAGAAGGUGAAGAGGAAUAUGAAGUAGAAAAAAUCCUAGAUAGCAAGUGGAAGGGAUGA